AUGGCUGCAACAAAUCUCAGUGUUAGUGGGUGCCAUGUUCCAAGGUUAUUUUCAAACGCCAAGCUUGUUAUCAUGUUCAACCAGACUGAUCGAGUUCAAAAUCUUCGAAAUCAAAACCAACAACAUCUAAUUCCGGCUGAUGAUUACCAAGCUGCUUCUGAGCAAAUUGUUAACGCCUAUGUCCCCAACCAUGUGCUUCAACGCCCAAACUUGUGCCGAUCCCAUCUUUCCUACAUUGUAAAGGCCAGGCUUUUGAAUGUUCCUCCCGCUGUGGUUGAUCGUUUGGCUUUGGAUGUGGUUUCCAUUGCCAAAUUUUUGGCAGCAAGGAGAGCACAAACAGAAGAAGGUUUGCAGAUAGGCUACGGCAUCCAUGUGCAUCUGGAAGUAAUUGACAGAGUGAAUCGUAGUCAACCUCCAAUAGAUGAUCUGAUGAUGAGUCGAGCUUCUAGAUUUAACCUAAGCGCUCCUGCUGAUUUUAUUAGGUUGGUUAGCACUGAGCAUGAAAAGGCUUUUGCUAGAAAAAAUGGAGAAUUGGAUGGUGAAUGUUGCGGUGUUUGCUUGGAGGAGUUCUCCGCUGGGGUGGAUUUGAUUCGUUUAAUUCCUUGCAGCCAUUAUUAUCACCCUGAUUGCAUGGCUAAGUGGCUGUAUGAGCAUGAUUCUUGUCCUCUCUGUAGACGUCAAGUCUGUUCUCUAAAAUGA